AGGCAGAAGACUGUGCACCAUUGUUGUUUACACUGCUUGGCGCUAUUGCGUUGGAGAACGGCGAGCCUUCCUCCGUGGCCACAUCGACUCCACGUCUAUUUCGUUCAUUGGAGCUGCUGGGGGAUCCUUUGCGCAGCCAGGUGGCUGUGAAUUUGCUUGGGUUGCAACCAUUGCGAGCUUUGGGCGCUGCAGAGCUGGCUUGGAGGAAUCCUAGCCUUGGGCUUCAACAGCAGCUUGUGCAAAUUGAUGAGCAGCUGGCCCAGAUCAAGCUUAUGAAGCCAGCCAAACGCAAGGCUGCCUUGCGUCGCUUACUCUUUGAGUGGCAUCCUGACAAGAACAGACAUCGCCACGGGUUGGCAACGGAAGCCUUUCAGCAUCUCCAAGUGCAGAAGGCAGAGAUCUUUGGAAAAAAUGCAGAGGAGAAAUAGCUAUCGAUGGAGAGAGAGAUGAUGGUAGAUGGUGCCAAGUGAGUGCUGCGUGGAGCUUCCACGAGCGAUUUUUCACACGUCCACUUCUUCACCACCCGUCGGCCACACUUGGCGGUGCAGAUUGUCACCACGCCUUUUGAGCGGCUUCUGGUUGGGCUCACAGCGGUUCAGCUUGGGAGAUGCAGACAGCCGUCGUGCUGACUCAUGCAAUACUCGCAAGUUACCUUGGCAUGGGGCUUUCCCAACUUUGCUUCAGAUCCAAUGACCCCAUGCCGUGGGCUUGUGAACACCCUGAUUGAAUUGCCUUGCGAGCCGACUGCAAACUGGUGCGAACUAUCUUCCCGCAGAUUGCAACUUCAGACCCCACAGACACAACUGUCUCGAGCAAUUUCUUUCCUGCGCGAAAAAGUCUGCAUGUCCGUGCUAUCUCAAGCCGUGCAACAGAGCAAGAAUCCAAGGACUGGACCAAGUGGUUGCACUGCGUUCCCAUCGUGGCUGGAAACUGUCGAGGAGAAGUCAUUGAAUGGAAUGACAAGGUGCCGCAUGCUGCCAGCCGGCAGCCGACCCAACGCAUUACUGGG